CAUUUCUUCCUUCAACAAAAGACUCUAAAGCUCCCUGCAAUUGACCCUGCAAGAUGGCCCCACCGUUACCUGAAUUGGCAGACUCUCGAAACAAAUUCGAGGACCUCUCAGGGGUCAACAGCUCUGCUUAUGCAAAUCCCUACGAUGCCUUGAUCGAGGCCUGCGAAGGCAAUCCGGCUCAACUCCAAGCCCGCUAUUCCACCCAUCGCAGGACUCGCAAUGCUCAACAGAAGGCCAAGCUCCUGUCUCCAGAAUUCUCGGGCCUUAUCAUAGACCCUAUCCUCGAAAGACUGAUGGACCCGUCAAUUGAACCUGGCUUCAAGGAUUUCAGGCACUGCCUUGUAUUCUGGGCCCGUCCUCCUCCUCACAUCUGUUCGCUGGUUAACAAGAUCCAACAAGAACUGUUGACUUUAGCUCCGAAGCUGUGGCUGAUGCCUCUCCCAAAUCUCCAUCUUACAACCCUCGAAAUCACCCACUCUCUCACACAUCCAGAAAUUGACGCCAUCGUCUCCAAUCUCGGGAAGCCUGCUGCGGAGACCAUGACAGACUACACCUACUCCCACAAAGCCCGCCUCAUCAAGCCCAUGAUCUCCUACGAUGGCGCUGCCCUUGCUCUCUCCUUCGUACCUGCUGCUGGAGAGCUUUUACCUCCCAAGGGAACCAGCAACGCUGAGGAAAGAAGCCAAGAGGACGACGACUUCACGUACCACCAUCUGCGUCGUGAUCUCUUUAACAUUGCCCGCAAAACUGGUGUCUCCGUUGACUCUCGCUAUGUUGUACCCAGUUCUCACAUCACCGUUGGACGUUUCCUCACUCAGGAUGAUCAUGAUACGCCUGAGAAGAUAGUCACCUGGAUUAAAAAGAUUGAGGAGCUCAAUGCUUGGCUAGAGGAAGAGUACUGGCCAAAGGAGGGCGGGAAGAGGAGAGAAGAUGGUCAGUGGAUAGUUGGACAGGAGAGGGGUUUGGACUUUAGAAAGGGCACGCUCUGGUACGGUGGAGGAAACACCGUGAGGAUUGGAAAAGGAUUUUGAGAUUUAUCCUACCAUAGAAAACGACUCAGUAGAUGCGUUGAUUUGCGGUAUCACAAAGCUGCAGAAAAAGGAGGGAGAGCCCGGUUGCUAGAGCACGUCUUCUUAUACGUAGAUUCCAUAGACAAAAAUAUUUAUGAUUAGAAUGUAGAGAAUACCUCAUAGCACCGAGU